AUGAGCGACACAGAAAAGGCGCCGGUCGCAGACAACAUCUCCAAUUCCGAGGUCGACCAGAUUGUUGACCCGGAUGCGGGCCUGUCCGACGCCGAGAGGGCGGAGAAUCUUACCCUUCUGUAUCUCAUGUGUUUCCUCGACCGCACAAACAUCGGCAACGCCAAGGUGGCCAAUCUCACCAAGGAUAUCCCCAUGUCGACAUCUCAAUACAAUGCGUCGCUCACAAUCUUCUUCAUCUCCUAUGCCAUCUUUGAGGCGCUCGCCAACUUCCUGCUCAAGCGAACCCGCCCCUCCAUCUUCAUUCCCAUCAUCAUCGUUCUCUGGGGCGCGUGCAUGCUUGGGAUGGGCUUUGUCAAGAAUUGGUCCGGCCUCAUGGCCGCGCGAUGGUUCCUGGGCGCUUGCGAAGCCGGUCUCUUCCCCGGCGUCAACUACUAUCUCUCGUGCUGGUACAAGCGCAACGAGUUCGGCGUGCGAGCAGCCAUCUUCUUCUCGGCCGCAGCCUUGGCCGGCUCCUUUGGCGGUCUCCUCGCGGCAGCCAUUGAGAAGCUCGACGGCAAGAGGGGCCUGGCCGGAUGGGCCUGGAUCUUCAUCAUCGAGGGCGCGCUGACGAUGCUCGUCGGCUUCAUCUCCUUCUUCAUGGUGCACGACUUCCCCGACGAGGCCAACUUCCUGUCCAAGGACGACCGCAUGCGUGUGCUGUACCGGCUCAAGCAGGACAAGCAGAGCUCUGCCGAGCACGAGACGUUCAAGAUGAAGUACUUUUGGCAGGCCGUCAAGGACUGGAAGACGUAUGCCGGCAUGCUCGUCUACAUGGGCCCCCUGAUGCCUCUGUACUCCUUCAGUCUGUUCCUGCCCUCCAUCAUCCAGCAGAUGAACUUUAGCAAAGCGACGGCCGUCACCCAGCUCCUCAGCGUCCCGCCGUAUGCCGCCGCCGCAGUGGCCACCGUGGUAGCCGGACUCUAUUCUGACAGGAUCCAGAAGCGAGCCAUCUUCAACAUCUGCAUCUCCCUCGUGGGCAUCGCCGGCUUCAUCAUGCUCAUGGCCUCGACCAACGCCGGCGUGCAGUACGCCGGCACCUUCCUGGGCGCCAUGGGCAUCUACCCGUGCAUCCCCAUCACCAUCGCCUGGGUCGCCAACAACGUCGAGGGCGUCUACAAGCGCGGCAUCGUCCUCGGCACCGUCAUCGGCUGGGGCAACAUCAACGGCGUCGUCAGCAGCAACAUCUACUACGACGCCCCGCGCUACUUCCAGGGCCACGCCACCAUCGUCGGGUACAUGUUCAUCGGCGUCUUCCUCGGCAGCAUCCUCAUGGCCACGCUGCUCAGCAGGGAGAACAAGAGGAGGCUCAACGGGGAGCGCAACUACCGCGUCGAGGGCAAGACGCAGCGCGAGAUUGACGAGAUGGGCGACUUGCGUCCCGACUUUAUGUACACUAUCUAA